AUGACUAGCCAGUGUAGAGAGGAGAGGUCCUGGCCAACCUUUGAGACCACUUCCUCAGAUCAGGAGCUCCUGGGGGCUCACUACCGGGUGCUCCGGACCAUCGGUGAGGGCGGCUUUGCCUCCAUCCAGCUGGCCAAGCAUCUGCCCACCGACUCCCUCGUGGCUGUGAAAACCAUCGAUAAGAGGGAAUGCCCCUCUUUCGCCACAGAGCUGGAUAUUUUAAAGUCUGUGGAGCACCGUAACAUCGUUAAGCUCUACCAGGUGGUGGAAUCAGAUUAUCGACUGCAUUUGGUGAUGGAGUACCUCGACGGAGGAGACCUGGUAGACUAUGUACAAAAACUGGUGAGGCUGGGGGAGGAGGAGGCGAGGGAUCUGUUUGGGCAGAUCUUGAAGGCUGUCAAAUAUUGCCACGACCAUGGUAUUAGCCAUCGAGAUCUGAAGGCUGAAAACAUCUUACUUGACAACAAGGGUAUGGCCAAACUGUGCGACUUCGGUCUCAGUGUGCGGCUCCAGCCCCAGCAGGAGCUGACGGAGCAGUGUGGGACCCCAGCCUAUUGGGCUCCGGAAAUGGUCAAGGAGCAGAGAUACCAGGGUCCGAAGGUGGACGUCUGGAGCCUGGGGGUGCUACUAUAUUACAUGGUCAUGGGCGACGUGCCCUAUGAUGACAGUUCAUGGGCUGUGUUUAAAAAACAAGUGCUUGCAGGCAGAUUUACAACGCCGAAAUACUUUACCCCUGAACUCAAAGGGAUCUUAAAUUACAUGAUGACCACCAACCCUCAACAAAGGCCGGCUGUAGGGCAAGUGAUGCGCCACCCUUGGUUUCGGGGAGCUAAUGUACCCUCACCACCCCCCAUCCAGAAUGCCCCGCCCCAGCCAGAUCCAGCCAUAUUGUAUAUCAUGGCCUCCUACCUUGGUUUUGAUCCAGACCAGGUCAGUCAAGCCCUGCCUAGCUGCAUGGCCACGUACAGAAUUCUAAAACAACUUCAAGACCACGGCCAACAACACCUGGCCCGCAGGAUGAGGUAUGCUAUUCCUGGGCCUCCGCCUUGCCCCUCACCUGCAUGCAAGAGCUUCAGAGCUCUGCAUCUGAAGAAAGCGAGCGCUCCUGUGCGCCACCAGGCUGCAGGCUUCCCUGCUAAAGAGCAGCUGAAGGGUGGUGGCAGGAAAGGCAGGAGAACCGUGUGCGUCCCCUGCGUCCUUUGGAGAACCCCCGGCACCAACACAGAGAGGAAAACUGAGGAAGACAUCAGUGCUACUGGGAAUCCAGUAAUAACCGUGGCAGCAGCAAUAGCAGCAACCACCGCAGCAGCAGCAGCAAGCACAGCAGCAGUACUAAUCGCAGCAGCAGUAGCUGCAGCAGCAGCAGCAGCAGCAACCGCAGCAGCAUUCAACCAACAUCAACUACAAGGAAUGAACAACGGAGGGGCUGGAGGCGCUUGA